AUGGAACCAAAGUGGGGAACCAUUCUAACGCCGUCCUCCAUUUUCUCCGGCUUCGAAGAUCUCAAGUGGAUCACGGAGUUCGAUCACGAACUCUUCACAAAGCGGCCAGUUACAGUUGAAACGGAAACCGAUUCAGCGAACGACGUAGACGUGAAACCGUUUAAAGUGGAUCCGUUCACCGGCGUCGGUGAUGUUUGCUCCGGUAUCGUCGCUGACGCCGCCGAUUUUCAUAAUCUGGAUACGGUAACUUCAUUUUCAACUUGUGGUGAACCAACAAAUAAUACUUUUGUAUCCUCCCAAAACCUCACUCCCAAGCAUUCUACCAUCACUGCAACUAUUGAUUCACAAUCAUCCAUUUCUCCUACCGUUACGAGUCCAGUGUCAGCUAAUAAACCAAGCAGUAGAGAAAAUCAAACCAAAGGAUUAACUACAACAAGUGGUUCUUCACGUGAUCCAUCUGAUGUAGAUGAUGAAGCAGGUCCUUGUGAACAAAGCACAAACCCUAUUGAUAUGAAGCGUCUUAGAAGGAAGGUGUCGAAUCGCGAUUCUGCUAGAAGGUCUAGAAGAAGAAAACAAGCACAUUUGGCAGAUCUGGAGGUUCAGGUUGAGCAACUGAGGCUGGAAAAUUCAAGCCUAUUUAAACAGCUUACAAAUGCCAGUCAACAAUUUCGUGAUGCUAAUACAAACAACCGAGUUCUAAAAUCAGAUGUUGAAGCUUUGAGGGCUAAGGUGAAGUUAGCAGAGGAUAUGGUCUCUAGGGGCACUCUCCCCACUUUUAACAACCAGCUUCUCCAAAAUAAUAAUCAAUUGAGCACCACUCCACCACAAAUCAAUAAUGGUCUCCGCUGCAUGGCGCAUGUUUCGCCCACCAUCACCGUCCAUGGAAAUGAUGCUUCAUUCGGGGUUACUGGACAGAAUUCAGCUAUUGGACUUGGAGACUUCCAUAUAUCUUGCAGUGAUUUCAAUAAUGGAGUUAAUAAUGAUGCUGUGAGCUCUUUGACUAGCAUAUGGCAGUAA